UCCCGGGGCUGCCGAGGCCCCUGGACUCUGUUCACCCUGGGAACAUGGACCGGAUGGCCAGCUCCAUGAAGCAGGUACCCAACCCGCUGCCCAAAGUAUUGAGCCGGCGUGGGAUUGGUGCUGGGAUGGAGGCUGCGGAGCGCGAGAGCUUCGAGCGGACUCAGACCGUCAGCGUCAAUAAGGCCAUUAAUACGCAGGAAGUGGCUGUGAAGGAAAAACAUGCCAGGACGUGCAUCCUGGGCACCCACCAUGAGAAAGGCGCGCAGACGUUUUGGUCUGUGGUCAACCGAUUGCCUCUGUCCAGCAACGCCAUGCUGUGCUGGAAGUUCUGCCACGUCUUCCACAAGCUCCUCCGAGACGGACAUCCAAACGUGCUCAAAGACUCUCUGAGAUACAAAAAUGAAUUAAGCGACAUGAGCAGGAUGUGGGGCCAUCUGAGUGAGGGGUAUGGACAGCUGUGCAGCAUCUACCUCAAACUGCUGAGAACGAGGAUGGAGUACCACACCAAAAAUCCCAGGUUCCCUGGCAAUCUUCAGAUGAGUGACCGGCAGCUGGAUGAAGCUGGAGAGAGUGAUGUUAACAACUUUUUUCAGCUCACAGUGGAGAUGUUUGAUUACCUGGAGUGUGAACUGAACCUCUUCCAGACUGUGUUCAACUCCUUGGACAUGUCCCGCUCCGUGUCCGUGACCACAGCUGGGCAGUGCCGCCUCGCCCCGUUGAUCCAGGUCAUCCUGGACUGCAGUCACCUCUAUGACUACACCGUCAAGCUGCUCUUCAAGCUCCACUCCUGUCUUCCGGCUGACACCCUGCAGGGCCACCGAGACCGCUUCAUGGAGCAGUUCACAAAGUUGAAAGAUCUGUUCCAGCGCUCCAGCAACCUCCAGUACUUCAAGCGGCUCAUUCAGAUCCCCCAGUUGCCUGAGAAUCCACCCAACUUCCUGCGCGCCUCAGCCCUGUCAGAGCACAUCAGUCCUGUGGUAGUGAUCCCGGCCGAGGUGUCUUCUCCAGAUAGUGAGCCUGUCCUGGAGAAGGAUGACCUCAUGGACAUGGAUGCCUCCCAGCAGAAUUUGUUUGACAACAAGUUCGAUGACAUCUUCGGCAGCUCGUCCAGCAGUGACCCCUUCAAUUUCAACAAUCAAAACGGCGUGAGCAAGGAUGAGAAGGACCACUUGAUUGAACGCCUGUACAGAGAGAUCAGCGGGCUGACAGGACAGCUGGACAGCGUGAAGACUGAGAGCCAGCGGGCCAUGCUGCAGCUGAAGGGCCGCGUGAGUGAGCUGGAGGCCGAGCUGGCGGAGCAGCAGCACCUCGGGCGGCAGGCGACGGAUGACUGCGAGUUCCUGCGCACCGAGCUGGACGAGCUGAAGAGGCAGCGGGAGGACACGGAGAAGGCGCAGCGCAGCCUGACUGAGAUAGAAAGAAAGGCCCAAGCCAACGAACAGCGGUAUAGCAAGCUAAAAGAGAAGUAUAGCGAGCUGGUUCAGAACCAUGCCGACCUGCUGCGGAAGAAUGCAGAGGUGACCAAACAGGUGUCCGUGGCCAGGCAAGCCCAGGUGGAUUUGGAAAGAGAGAAAAAAGAACUAGAAGAUUCCUUUGCACGUGUAAGUGACCAGGCCCAGCGGAAGACUCAAGAGCAACAGGAUGUUCUCGAGAACCUGAAGCAUGAACUAGCCACCAGCAGACAAGAGCUACAGGUCCUCCACGGGAAUCUGGAGACCUCUGCGCAGUCAGAAGCGAAGUGGCUGACGCAGAUCGCCGAACUGGAGAAGGAAAAGGGCAGCUUGGCCGCUGCCGCUGCUCAGAGAGAGGAGGAGUUCUCAACCCUCCGAGACCAGCUGGAGAGCACCCAGAGCAAACUGGCCAGCACCCAGGAGUCCAUGUGCCAGCAGGUAAAGGACCAGAGGAAAAUGCUCUUGGCAGGGAUCAGGAAGGCUGCCGAGCGUGAGAUACAGGAGGCGCUGAGCCAGCUUGAAGAGCCUGCCCUCAUCAGCUGCGCGGGGUCCACAGAUCACCUUCUCUCCAAAGUCAAGGCUGUUUCCAGCUGCCUCGAUCAACUGGAGAAGGACCGCAGCCAGUAUCUGUCCUGCCCAGAAGAUAUCAGUGAGCUCCUGCACUCCGUGACCCUGCUUGCCCACUUGACCAGUGACACCAUCAUUCAGGGGAGUGCCACCAGCCUCCGGGCCCCACCCGAGCCUGCCGACUCUCUGACAGAGGCCUGUAGGCAGUAUGGCAGGGAAACCCUGGCCUACCUGUCCUCCCUGGAGGAAGAGGAAGCCAUGGAGAAAGCUGACGGCACAGCCAUGAGGAACUGCCUCAGCAAGAUCCAGGCCAUUGGCGAGGACCUGCUGCCCAGGGGCCUGGACAUCAAACAGGAAGAGCUGGGUGACCUUGUGGAUAAGGAGAUGGCUGCCACUUCAGCUGCCAUUGAAGCUGCCACCGCCCGGAUAGAGGAAAUACUCAGUAAAUCCCGAGCAGGAGACACAGGAGUCAAGUUGGAGGUGAACGAAAGGAUCCUUGGUUCCUGUACCAGCCUGAUGCAAGCCAUCAAGGUCCUCGUGGUGGCCUCCAAGGACCUCCAGAAGGAGAUCGUGGAAAGUGGCAGGGGUACUGCAUCCCCUAAGGAAUUUUAUGCCAAGAACUCUCGGUGGACAGAAGGGCUUAUAUCUGCCUCCAAAGCUGUUGGUUGGGGAGCUACCGUCAUGGUGGAUGCUGCUGACCUUGUGGUCCAAGGCAAGGGGAAGUUCGAGGAACUGAUGGUGUGUUCGCACGAGAUCGCUGCUAGCACAGCCCAGCUUGUGGCUGCGUCCAAGGUGAAAGCUAACAAGGGCAGCCUCAAUCUGACGCAGCUGCAGCAGGCCUCUCGGGGAGUGAACCAGGCCACAGCCGCUGUGGUGGCCUCAACCAUUUCCGGCAAAUCUCAAAUUGAGGAGACAGACAGUAUGGACUUCUCAAGCAUGACACUGACCCAGAUCAAGCGCCAGGAGAUGGAUUCUCAGGUUAGGGUGCUAGAGCUGGAAAAUGACCUGCAGAAGGAGCGUCAAAAACUAGGAGAGCUUCGGAAGAAACACUACGAGCUGGCUGGAGUUGCCGAGGGCUGGGAGGAAGGGACAGAAGCUUCGCCUCCUACUGUUCAAGAAGCAAUACCGGAGAAAGAGUAGAGCCCAGCCAGCGCCCCACACGUCAGAAUGUAAAUCCUUGUUAUCCUUCUGUUUGUGACGCUCCCCAUCAUGGCACACCGGGUCCUUGCGGACCUCUCCAUUCACAAACGCUGAAGCCCAUCCGUCGUGUGUCCUCAGGACACCACCUCUGUCUGAAUGCAUGAUGAGUUCUCCCCUUAUGUCCCUGACGUUCAGGCAGGCCAGCGUUGGCCAUGAGCAAGCUCAGGUCCACAGAAAAACAGCGACAUGGCCAACCUGUCUUGCCUAAUAUCCACCUCCUCGCCAGUCAUGUCCUUAGAGAGGCUUCUUGUCAUUGGGAGCUUGGAGAGGGGACAUCUGACACCUGUUCUUCCCCCCUCCCCGCCUCCUCAGUCUUUUGCAUUUUGUCUUUUGCGCAAACUUGUGAGCAUCUGAACUCCACUGGAUUCCAAACCAGACUUCCAUUUGAAUCCACAGUCAAUGGCCCCCCUUCACACUACACUUUUGGCAGUCUGAUGGAUCCCCUCCUGCUUAUUAUUAGGUGGUCGUUUGGGUCUUUUGGUUUUAUAUUCUGAAAGUUUCACAUAGCCAACUUUCCCAAAAAGGGUUCCCCUCCCCACUCCCACCCUGAGCUCUGAGCCUUCUGAGAGGAGGUCCCCACACACACCAUGGUGCGGCUCAGGCUACGCCUUGGUGCUCCAGAUCAGCUCUUCCGUCAGCCAAGGCCACUCCCCAGGGUGACAGCUCUCCUCUGAAGCCUAAAGCAGAGCUAGUGCCUUUACUUUCUGACCCUGGGUGCCAUCCCAAGGCCUCUGUCCACCUGCACAAGCCAGGGAGCACCAGUUUCAAAAAAAAAAAAAA